AUGCCGGUGAAGAAGGCAAGCAAGGCCAGCUCAGCUACAAAGCUGAAGCUUUUACAUCGUCGUCGCUCGAACAUUUUGGGCUCGGCGAUGAUGGUGAAUGAGUUCAACCGAACGUAUGAGCCCGCUCGUCAAAACCAAUUAGCCACUCAAAUUGCGCUUUUGGAUGAGUUGUGGCGUGAUUUUCUCUCCACCCAGGAGGAAAUCGAAAUUUUGGAGGACAGUGAGGAACAUUUUUCCGAAGAGAGGCGAGAUUUUCAACUGUUGUACCUCGAUCUGAAGGGGUCGUUGCAGAGCAAGCUUCCCACUGUCCCUCCGGUCCCACCCGCACAGCCUCGCGCACCGUCUUCGGUUUGCGCCCUACCGGCCCAGCCAAUAACCAACGUUCGGCUGCCGGAGAUGAAGAUUCCAAAUUUUGGAGGCAAGAUUGACGAUUGGGUACCGUUUCGCGAUCUUUUCGUCUCGUUGAUUCAUUUCAAUCAACAGUUGACGGCAGUGCAAAAGAUGCACUAUUUGCGAGCAUCGUUGACGGACGAAGCAGCUCGUAUUGUAUCCACACUUGAUAUUUCCGCCGAUGAUUAUCAAGUUGCGUGGAACCUUUUGAAGGAUCGCUUUGAGAAUCCAAACUUGCUCAUCAAGCGACACAUGUCGGCAUUAUUGGCGAUCAGUCCCAUAAAGAAGGAGUCUGCUUCAGGACUGUCGGAGCUGGCCGACAGCUUCGAUCGCCAUGUGCAGUUGCUGAAUAAGCUCGAAACAGUGGAGGAACACUGGAACUCGUUCCUCGUUGAGCGAUUGAGCAGUUGCCUGGACCAUGGCUCACUGCGGGAGUGGGAAACCCAUUUAGACGAUGGCCAGAGACCCACUUAUAAGCAACUUGUCGACUUUAUUCAUAAAAGAUCGCGAAUAAUCACCACAUUAAUGCUCUCCCACACUACUAGUACCCAAUCAGAGUCAAAACCGUCAAAACCACGCCUCACAGCCCACGUCGCUUCUGAGAACGUGAAGAAGUGCCCUCACUGUAAGCAAGCCCAUCUCCUGUUUCAGUGCAGCGGUUUCCAAUCUCUCGUUCCGCAACAACGUUUCGAAUUCGUCAAGAAGCACGGGCUCUGCAUAAACUGCUUGAAGGGUGCACACCUGGCGAAGGAUUGCUCCAGCGGUUCCUGCAAGCAGUGCUCCAAGAAACAUCAUUCACUGCUGCACCUCCCGCCGAUUUCGUCUGCUUCGGCUCCUGGUGCACCAGCAGCAGUUCCCAACCAAUCUGUACCAGUUGCAAUCGGUCAAUCCGCUGAAGCAAUCGGUUCGCGUUCGUACCAAGUAUCGCCACGCGACGCUAACGCCGCCGUACGUCCACCGUCGGCAAUUUCCGGUGCAUCACCACUCGCGAAUUCGUCGUUCCGUACAUUUCCGCAAUCGUAUUCGGUCGGUAUUCCCCCCACCACUCCGUCGGUCGAUUCUCUCGCCGAAACAAAUUCGCCUCCCUCCACCUCCUGUCAAAGUGCUGAAGUGACUCAACAUUCUCGUCAGAAUACGGUCGUGCUAUCGACAGCCGUUAUCAAAGUGAAAGAUGCCGACAACAACGACCAUUUCGCUAGGGCGCUCUUGGACAGUGGCUCCCAACCCAGCUUCAUCAGCGAAUCACUCUGUCAGAAGCUCCGUCUGAAGCGUUUCAAGAUCAACUCGCCUGUCAGUGGGAUAGGCCAAUCCACCGUGAACGUUCACUUCGGUGUAACUCUUUCGCUCGCUUCACGCUUUGGAGAUCAUCACUUCACUCUGGACUGCCUGGUACUGCCAAAGCUAACGGUGUCGCUACCCAGCCACCACAUCAACGUCUCUCGUUGGCAAAUUCCUCGCAAUCUUCCGAUGGCGGAUCCCCAGUUCAACAUCAGCCAGAAGAUAGACAUCAUUAUCGGCGCUGAACUGUUCUUCUCGUUGCUAGAACAUCAGCAAAUCUCUCUCGCCGCUGGGUGUCCGCUACUACAGAAAACCGUACUUGGAUACAUUGUAUGCGGGAAGAUAUCGGAUCCAGCUCUCGAUCCACCGGCAGUCCAGACCAGUCACAUCUGCACUGACGACCUGCUCGACAAGCAACUCGAACGAUUUUGGGAAAUCGACAACUUCGACGUCGGAAGAUCCUACACUCCCGACGAACAACGCUGCGAAGAUCAUUUCCAACAAACCGUUGGACGAGAUACAGACGGGAGAUACAUCGUCCGUCUACCGCUGCGAGAAGACAUGUUGCCAAUGCUCGGCGACUCCUACCAGCUCGCAUUCCGUCGCCUCCAGUCUAUGGAGAAGAAGUUCGCUGUCGAUGAAGGUCUCCGUAUCGCCUACCACGAGUUCCUGGAGGAGUACGAAAGUCUGGGGCACAUGGAGGAGGUGAAUCCGCGCGCGUCGCGAAACCCGCAGUUUUUCCUACCCCACCAUGCCAUCCACCGUCCUGAGAGUUCCACCACGAAGACACGAGUAGUAUUUGAUGGAUCCUGUCGUAGUUCUACCAGCUUAUCGCUCAAUGAAGUUCUGUUUGUCGGACCAACAGUGCAGCCAGCUCUGUACUCUACCGUCAUCAACAUCCGUCUUCCUCGGUACGCUGUCACUGCUGACGCCGAGAAGAUGUUUCGACAGAUCUGGGUACACCCGGAUGACCGGAAGUAUCAGCAAAUACUCUUCCGAAAGGAUCCAUCAGAACCAGUUCGCAUCUACCAGUUAAAGACCGUCACCUACGGUCUCGCUAGCUCGCCGUUCCACGCUACUCGUGUGCUCAACCAGUUGGCCACUGACGAAGGAGAACGUUUUCCAUUGGCGGUUCCUGUCAUCAAGAAGGGAACGUACGUAGACGAUGUCCUCGCCGGCGACGACGACCAAGUCAAGCUUGCCGAAACUUGUCGCCAAUUGAUGGAGAUGCUACACCAAGCAGGCUUCGUUCUACGUAAAUGGGCCACCAACAAUACCGCCGUUCUCGCCAGCGUUCCUCGUCUGUUGUGGGAAACCAAACCAGAAUUAGAAAUCGAUCGCUCCCCUACUGUGAAGACAUUGGGACUUCUCUGGUUUCCACAGCCGGAUACAUUCCAGUUCAAGAUUCCAGCUCUGUCGCCGCUGGAUGUCGCAACCAAACGCCUCGUCGUAUCCGAGAUGUCGCAACUGUUUGAUCCGCUCGGCCUUCUGGGACCCGUAGUGAUGAAAGCUAAGACGUUCGUUCAAGUGCUUUGGGCAGAACACUGGUCGUGGGACGACCAACUGUCCGAAGAACACUCCAGCUGGUGGACAAUCUACCGCUCAGAGCUCAAUCAGCUACAGGCACUCUCCGUGCCACGCAGAGUCGUGCAAAACCGCCAUUACAGUCUGCAUUGCUUCUGCGACGCCUCGAAAGCAGCAUACGGUUGCUGUAUCUACGUCGUUUCCCGUGACGAGCUCGGACAGUCCCAUAGCCAUCUGCUGACAGCCAAGUCACGUGUUGCUCCACUACGUGGACAAUCCAUCCCUCGCCUGGAGUUGUGCGCCGCGCUACUCGGCAGCCAGCUUGCCGAUAAUCUCCGGCAAACAACGGAUUUCGUUGAACCUCCAACGUUUUGGGUUGAUUCCAGCAUCGUGCUUCACUGGAUCAAGUCGCAGUCAAAUGUGUGGAAGGUGUUCGUCUCAAACCGGAUCGCAGAGAUCCAACGUCUUACCAAGGACUGCAAGUGGAGACACGUUCCGUCGGAAAUGAAUCCAGCAGACCGGAUUUCUCGAGGGAUGAUGGCAAGUCAGAUCUCGAAGGACGAUUUGUGGUGGCAUGGACCGAGUUUCCUCAAGGACCCCGUCGACAGUUGGCCCGAGUGUGUGGUUUCGAUGCCGGAUCUUCCGGAUUUGCAGCAGGAAGCCUGCCCUGUCCUAGCUCUGCACAGCGCUACCGUCGACGCAACACUGUGUGAACGAUUCACGGACUUAUCCAAACUAAUCCGUGUCGUAGCACGAUGCUACCGAUUUUUCAACAAUUCGAGGCUCCCGCGGAGCGACCGCACCAUUGGUUCACUGACCCCAGAGGAAAGUGAGCAUGCGCUCAAGAUUCUCGUACGACAAGUUCAGUUAGCGUCCUUCCCAGCUGAAGUUCACCACUACCGUAGCGCUCAAAGCAUUCCAUCCGUAUCUGCAACAUCGAAAUCGCCACUCAAGGACUUGAAGUUGUUCAUGGAUCAGUUCGGCUUGCUCAGACUCUGUGGACGAUUAGCGAAUAUGAAAGCACCGUACGACACUCGUUACCCGAUUCUUCUCCCCGCCGACCACCGGCUCAGUUGGCUCAUCGCCCGAUCCAGCCACAUCCGAACACUUCACGGCGGUCCAACGCUCACGCUCGCUACAAUUCGUCAACGAUUUUGGCCAGUCCGGGGUCGACAGCUAGCUCGCAAGGUGGUACGUCAAUGCGUAACCUGUUUCCGUUGCCAGCCACGGCUACAACAGCAGCUCAUGGCACCCCUUCCAUCCGUUCGUGUGUCACCUGCUAGACCGUUUAUACACUCCGGGAUGGAUUACUGUGGGCCGUUUCUCGUUCGUCCUUUAAGUGGUCGGGGCGCGUCGGUUAAGAUCUACGUCGGUCUGUUCGUAUGUCUCGUGGUGAAAGCCGUGCAUCUCGAAGUCGUCGCCGAUCUGUCGUCCGCCGCCUGCAUAAACGCCGUUAAGCGUUUCGUAGCUCGUCGCGGUCGAGUGCUCGAACUACACUGCGACAACGCGACUGCUUUCGUCGGGGCAGACCGAGAGCUCCGUUCGAUGCGGGAAGAGUUUCGUCGUCAAUUCCGGUCCAAGGACUGGGAGAACUUCUGCGUGGAAAGUGGAAUCAAGUUUCGCUUUAUCCCGGCAAGAUCACCGCACUUCGGCGGUAUCUGGGAGGCCGGAAUCAAAUCCUUCAAGCACCACUUCCGUCGCAUCAUGGGCAACCGCUCAUUCACCGUGGACCAGCUCCAGACCGUCGUUGCCCAAAUCGAAUCAGUCCUCAAUUCCCGUCCUCUCUCUCCGCUUACAGAUUCUCCUGACGAUUGCUCCGCUCUGACUCCAGGGCAUUUUCUUGUUGGCGAACCGCUCGUGGCCAUCCCUGAGCCCGACCUGGUCGACGUCAAUCCAAAUCGACUCUCGCGCCUGCAGGAGAUGAAGAAGUCGGUCCAAGACCUCUGGCGUUGUUGGCAGCUGGACUAUGUCAGCCAACUCCAGCAGCGAACCAAAUGGAAGCGACCCCAGCCGGACGUGCGCAUCGGACAGCUGGUGCUUGUCAGGCAAGCAACUGCGCCGCCCCUUCAAUGGCCGUUGGGACGGAUCAUCGAAACCGUUGCGGGGAAGAAUGGACGAGUCCGUGUGGUCGUAGUCAAGACCGCUUCCGGACAGUACAAGCGAGCGGUCACAGAGAUCGCCGUCCUGCCGAUAGCUCCUGCCGAGGACGAACCGAAGGACGACAGCAUCGCAGUCAGUACAAGUCGAAGUCACGAAGCCGAAGAUGAUGGUUGA